UUGUCAAUCCACCCCGUGAGCGAAUCAGUCCACUCCAUCUUUCAAGCCGAAAGCUGUAUCACAGACAGCGAGAUAAAUAAAUCUAACAAUUUCCUCAACCGUCGUCGACAUGUCAUCCACCAGCGAGAGCAGGUACACCUAUGAGCAGUACAAGGAGACAGCUGAUUGGCUGCUGGAGCGUACACAGCACAUGCCCAAGGUGGCCAUCAUCUGUGGUUCUGGACUGGGAGGGCUGGCAGACUUACUGGAGAAUAGUGUAGCCUUCCCUUAUAAAGACAUCCCUCACUUCCCUCAGAGCACAGUGCCAGGCCAUGCUGGGAAUCUGGUGUUCGGGGAGCUGCAAGGGAAGGCCUGUGUUUGUAUGCAGGGCAGGUUCCAUUACUAUGAGGGCUACAGCAUUGCCAUGGUGACGUACCCGGUGCGUGUGUUUACUCUGCUUGGGGUGGAGACGUUGAUAGUGACCAACGCUGCAGGAGGACUGAACCCUAAGUUCAAUGUUGGUGACGUCAUGUUGAUCAGAGACCACAUCAAUAUGCCAGGCCUGGCCGGGAUCAACCCUCUGAGGGGACACAACGAUGACAGGUUUGGUGUACGGUUCCCCUGCAUGUCGGAUGCGUAUGAUGCAGACCUGGGCCGUUUGGCUCGAGAGGUGGCAGAGGAGCAGGGCUGUUCCUCUUUCCUCCAACAGGGGGUGUACUGCAAUGUGGGCGGCCCCGCCUUCGAGACAGUGGCAGAGAGCAAGAUUCUGCUAAGCCUGGGGGCAGACGCUGUGGGUAUGAGUACAGUGCCAGAAGUGAUAGUGGCUCGUCACAGUGGUCUGCGUGUGUUUGGCCUGUCUCUCAUCACCAACCGCGUGGUGUCAGAGUAUGGCAGCCAGGACCGCGUCAACCAUGAGGAGGUGCUGGAAAUCACCCAGCGACGCACACAGGACCUGCAGAAACUCAUCAUCAACCUCCUGGCCCGAAUAUAGAUACACACACUAUCUGAUAGUGAUGUUCAAUUUAUUUUUGAUUUAUUUCACCUUUAUUUAACCAGGUAGGCUAGUUGAGAACAAGUUCUCAUUUACAACAGCGACCUGGCCAAGAUAAAGCAAAGCAGUUCGACACAUACAACAACACAGAGUUACACAUGGAAUAAACCAACAUACAGUCAAUAAUACAGUAGAGAAAGUCUAUAUACAGGGUGUGCACAUUUUGAUUUUACCUUUAUUUAACUAGGCAAGUCAGUUAAGAACAAAUUCUUAUUUUCAACAACAGCCUAGGAACAGUGGGUUAACUGCCUUGUUCAGGGGCAGAACAACAGAUUUGUACCUUGUCAGCUCGGGGAUUUGAUCUUGCAACUUUUCCGUUACUAGUCCAACGCUCUAACCACUAGGCUACGCUGGAUAAGGGUGGAUAAGGGAGCUAAGGCAAUAAAUAGGCCAUGGUGGCGAAGUAAUUGCAAUAUAGCAAUUAAACACAGGAAUGGUAGAUGUGCAGAAGAUAAAUGUGCAAGUAGAGAUACUGGGGUGCAAAGAAGCAAGAUAAAUAAAUAAAUACAGUAUGGGGAUGAGAUAGUUGGAUGGGCUAUUUACAGAUGGGCUAUGUACAGGUGCAGUGAUCUGUGAGCUGCUCUGACAGCUGGUACUUAAAGCUAGUGAGGGAGAUAUGAGUCUCCAGCUUCAGUGAUUUUUGCAGUUCGUUCCAGUCAUUGGCAGCAGAGAACUGGAAGGAAAGGCAGCUAAAGGAAGAAUUGGCAUUGGGGGUGAUCGCCAAAGUUGAGGAUCGGCAGGAUGGUCAGUUUUACGAGGGUAUGUUUGGCAGCAUGAGUGAAGGAUGCUUUGUUGCGAAAUAGGAAGCCGAUUCUAGAUUUAAUUUUGGAUUGGAGAUGCUUAAGGUGAGUCUGGAAGGAGAGUUUACAGUCUAACCAGACACCUAGGUAUUUGUAGUUGUCCACAUAUUCUAAGUCAGAACCGUCCAAUACUGUCAGUACAAUAAAAACUAAGGACAGCUUUAAUCAGAGAGAUACGAGUGUAUCUGAUUCCACACACUGUAUCCAAAUCAGUAUUUGUGAGUUAUUAAUAUGUGCCUGAGAUUGAGAGGACUUGGAACUCAACUCCACCUUAUUAUUGUCCACAUCUGAUUAUUCUUUCUUAAGUAAUAUCUUAUUUUCUUGAAAAAGCUGACGCUGAUAUUCCAUUCAGUCCAAAGUCAUUUUUGUAACUAUCUUUCUAAAAAUAAAUGAAUACAUUAUAUUAUAGUUAUCUGUUAUUUUACUGACAGUAUUGACAGUUUUAAUUUAUUAAUAUAAAAGGUUUUAUUAUUCUAUGAACAUAAUGUCUAACCGUGCAUCUCUUCUGAAACACUCUUGUGAAAUAAAAGGCACCAUUCCGAU